CGACGAGAAGGCGUUCACGUUCCUGUGUGCUCAGUAACGACCCCGCGGCUAAAGCGGUGAAAGUCGCUGCUUUAAAAACACCGAUUUAUCAAACGUGUGUGAGUGAGACGCUUGUCUCUGCCCUGUGUGAGCUCUCCCUGAUGGGCGGCUGGUCUCGCAGUGCCGUGCUGGAGCUGUACAGAGCGCUGCUCCGUGCAGGGCGCCACCUACAGUACACUGACCGCAACUACUACCAGCGUGCUGUGACCCAGGAGUUCAGGCGCUGCCAGGCCCUCAGCGCUCCGGGAGAGAAGGAGGACGCCCUGAAGAGAGGCCAGUUCUUUCUCAGCAGUCGCCUGGGGGGGCUGGUGUAGCAGUGGAGGGAGGAACACAAAACCCAGCCAGCACCACCAUACUCCAGUGUCUAAACAGCAGAAGAAAGGUGUGAAUAGGAUGGCUGGAGUCAAUGGGGAUCGGAAGGGGAAGAAAGACGACAAUGGCAUCGGCUCGGCCAUCGAUUUUGUGCUGUCCAAUGCUAAGCUAGUGCUGGGGGUUGGAGGAGCAGCCAUGCUGGGCAUUGCCACACUGGCAGUUAAGAGAAUGUACGAUCGAGCCCUCAGUGCUCCCUCCAGCCCCACUAAAGCCACACAGUCGGGUAAGAGGAGCUGGGAGGAGCCAAGCUGGCUGGGGUCGUCACCACGGACACUAAACCGCGACAUGAAACAGAAUGUCAGCCGCUCUCUCCAAACACUCCCCACCUCCUCCAACUCGUUUAAGCCAGAUUAUUUGCGGCGGGCUGUCGGUCGUGAAGGCAGCACCAGUAAAGCUGACCUGCAGAGGGCGCGAUUGCGCCUGUCAUUGCAGGAGCACCUCUGGGCCUUUUUUCAUGAACGCGUGGCCAUUCCUGCUGAGGAGCAGGCAAUGGCCAAACGGGCCGCCCUGGACAUUUGUGCUGAGCUCCGUGUCUUCCUCCACGCCAAGCUUCCUGACAUGCCCCUCCGGGAGAUGUACCUCAGUGGCAGCCUGUAUGAUGACCUACAGGUGGUAACAGCGGAUCAUGCUCAGCUCAUGGUUCCCAUGAUCCUGGAAAAGAACCUGUGGUCAUCCAUCCCUGGCGAAGACACUAUCAUGAAUAUUCCUGGUUUCUGGCUCGUCCGCCGGGAAAACCUGGAGUACUUCCCCCGGGGCAGCAGCUACUGGGAUCGUUGCAUGGUGGGUGGGUACCUUUCCCCCAAAAGUGUUUUGGAGGUCUUUGAGAAACUUGUUGCUGGUUCCAUUAAUUGGCCAGCUAUCGGCAGUGUUCUGGAUUACAUCAUUCGACCCGUGGUUCCCUCAGAAACACUAACGCUGGAAGUGCAGUAUGAGACGGACCGGCGGUUGUACGUGGACUUCCUUCCGUUGCUUGUCAUGGAGGACGGUGUUUCGUUGAUUGCCAAACCACACCGGCUGGCUGCUGAGCGGCACGAAAACCUGUGGCGGCAGAGUUUUCGUGUGGCAGAAACAGCAAAGCUUCGCGCUCUCGAUCAGGAGGACAGUGGGUGUCGCUCUGCAUGUCUGAAAGUCGUUAAAGCCGUUUGUAAGCUAAAUCCAGCACUAACACGGCUGAACGCCAGUCAGCUUACCAACGCAAUCCUCCUCCUCAGUGAGCGAGAGGGUGACUGGACUCAGGAAGCACUGGCAGAUCGUUUUACACAGCUGCUGCGUACGCUAGUGGGACACCUAGAGGCUGGAACGCUGCCCUCUGCCCUCAACCAAAAAGUGAACCUGUUCUGUGAGCUAACCCCACAUGAAAUAGACGAACUCGGAUACACGCUCUACUGUGCUCUUUCAGACCCGGAGAGCUUGCUGAGCACUGUAUAACAUGCACUCACACGUUACUUUAGCCCCUCACUGCUAAAGUAAGAUGCUGCUUGCCUCAUCAGUGUUGAACAGCUUUGCACAUUCAUUGUUUCUUGUUUUUCUGUAUAAACAUGGCUGUUCAUAAACCAGUGGAAACAAUAGACCAGGGUUGCCCAGUUCUGAUUUUGGAAGGCCAGUGUUUAGCACAUUUUGGUGAUUGCCCUCCUCAAGUGUGUACUAAGGCUCAAAACUACCUGCUUAGUUGAAUCAGAUAUGGAGGAGCAGGGAAAUCAGCAAGCUGUGCCAGAACUGGAACUGGACUCCCCUGCCAUAAACACUUACCUCGUCUGUGGUAGCAUGUCUGUCAGGUCUGCUUAAAGGAAUUGUUUGGCGAAAAAUCAAAUUUACUAUUUACUAUUUAAUUUUUUUCCACUUACUCCAGAUGUAGUUGAUCGGCCAAGUUUUGUGUCUGAAGCUUGCUUGAUUAGUUUAGUGCUGGAUCUACAACGCUAAUAUUGUUAAUAAUCACCCAAAUUCUAUAAGUCACCCAAAUCUUUUCUGUAAUUAAAUCCUCAAAACCUCUCUCACCCCACCCAAACUGCUUUAAAGUAGCCUUUUCUGUGUGGUCUAAGACUUACAGUAAGCAAUGAAAAUGAACAAAACUUGACAAUGUAGCCAAAUGCUGUAGUCAGCCAUUUUAGAUAACUGAGUGCAUUUACAAUUUCUGUUGUUUCUUUAUAAAAAAAAAUCCAUUCAUCUUUAAGUUUCUAACGGAACAUAAGUUUAUAAAUAGAAACAUCAGAUGACAACAAACGUGUGUGUGUGUGGGUUGUAAGUGAAUGCAAAUGCGAACAGGAUCAGUGCUGUUCUCUUGUCUAACAUGGUUGACCUCACCAUUCAGCUACACUGAAAUACGUUUUUAUAGUUCACAGUAAGCUGUACUGUGGUCUAAACCACAUUGUCAGGUCUGUGCUACAUUAAUGAAAACCUGGACGUGGUUUGAGUGGGUUGAGAGAAGUUUUGGGGAUGUAUUUACAGAAAAGAUUUGAGUGACUAUUGACUUUGUGUUUUUUAGCAACUUUAGUCUUGAUGCAAGAUUUGGACACCAAACAUGUCUUGGUUGAUUGACUACAUCUGAAGUAAGAAAAUGUGUACGUUUGAUUUUAAACCAUACAAUACAGGCAAUUUCCAUAGAUAAUUUUAAAGUAUUCAGACAAGAUCAGAAACACACUGACCCAAAACGCCUGUCCAUCGACUAUUCUGUGUCUUUUGGGUGAGUAGGCUUUCUGUUCUUUUACUAAAUUACAGAGAAUAGCAUCAGAAUUAUGGUGCGUUGUAGUGGACCACGUUACCAAUGUGGAAGUUAGUGAUUAGGUUAAAAACACCAAAGUAUGACUUCAACCCCUUGAGACUUGGCUCAGUCCAACCCAUUUCAAGCCUUGCUGUCAUUGUUGACAUUGUUUGCUCCAUUGCUCACAAAUGUUGCUUCUCUGCUCAUGUCAAUUGUCAAAGCCUUUAGGUAAUGUCCGCAUGGCAGAAACUCACCCGUGAGGCUCGUAAUUAUAAACUGUUGAUUGUGCUUUGUUUUAAAAUGGGUUUUGCUUCACUGUUUAGGUGAUGUGGUCUCUGAAGUAUUUAUUUUGCUUGUCUGAGAGAUUUUAGCCCACAUAACCACUCAGGAGAGGCUUGUGUGUCUCUGUUUAUUAAUUUUACAUAGCUUUAUUUUCUACAUGGAGCACAUGUAGCAGAGAUGCAGUCAUCUUGGAUAGCUUUUGUUUGGGGGUUAGAAAAUGGCCUUAGUUUUAGAAGGAAUGGAAAGAGCCCUAAUUUACCAGGAUGUUGACCAGGGUGUUGUAGCACAACAGUCAUCAUUAUGCAAAUGUCACUUUCCAUAUUCUGUCCUCCUUAUUGCAGUGCUGUAAUGCUUUUGGUGAACCCCAACCCAGAAACAGCUGCCAUAGUCCUGCAGUUCUUUUUGGAAUGAUAUUGAAGGGACUUUUAGGAUUAAAAUUUGCCCCGUUGUUGCCAAAAAUGUCUUGAAUGAAUAAAACAAUCACACUGGAUUCUUGUGUAAACAUCUCAUUGUCACCAAAAGUCUGUGAAGAACAUUGAAUCUCGUAGGGUUGUAUGCAUAGGCUGUUUGCGUGUAAUAGUAUGCCUUGGUGUUCAAAUAGCUCUUUAUAAAAUGAUUAAACUAUAUAUCUAAAUUUGGAUAAGCUUAUGGGACUGUUUUUGAAAUAAUAAAAUCAUGCAUUUUUCAACAUGAAAAUCAUCAAACUCAGGCAGAUCCAAGAUUUUGCAUUAGAGGUCUGCUACAUGACCUGAGGCCAGUGGCAAAGUCUUGGGUUUCGGGCCAGGAUUCGGCUGGUUUUUCCAUCUACAAAAUUGUGAUCAGAUCACGUUCGGAUCUCUAAUUUACAAGCCCUUACCUAGGAGUGGGGGCAGGGUGAGGAAGGGGAUGGGGGCGGGGGGACUGAUUGCCUCAAAUAUUUAAUCUAGACUUGUGUAUGUUAAAUUCUGAGUAAAAAUGUCCAAAGCUGAAUCAAAACUUUUGUACUUAUCUGGACAUUUUUUUAUGAAAGUGUGUGAUUGAAAAGAAACAAACAGCUAAUAAACAGUGUUUGAAAAUCA